CGAGGCGGCGCGGGGGUGACGUCAUCAGAGCGCGCCAGCAGCAGCCCCGGAGCCACACGAGCGGAUGAUGUAAACAACCGCAGCGCGAGUCUCCUCUGCUGUCCGUCUGUCUUUAUGAGCGAGAUCGGCCCUUCACACUGCCGCGCAUCUCCCGCAGAUCAUGCCCCGCGACCCCGACCCUCCUCCGGCGAAGAGAUUUAAGCCGGGCUCUCCCUUCUCCCGCCUGGAUAAGAAGAAGCCGGGCAUGCUGCUGCCCAGAGCCGGACACGCGCCCGUCAACGUGGACGCGCAGCGCAAACAGCUGCCCAUCUAUCAGAGCAGAACCCAGCUCAUCAACCAGAUCCGACAGCUGCACAGCGCUGUGUUCAUCGGUGAGACGGGCUCAGGUAAAACCACGCAGAUACCGCAGUACCUGUAUGAGGCCGGCAUCGGCCGGCAGGGCAUUAUCGGCAUCACUCAGCCGCGCCGCGUCGCCGCCAUAUCGCUAGCAGCACGAGUGGCCGAAGAGAAGAAGGUUCAGCUGGGAAAACUGGUGGGCUACACGGUGCGCUUUGAAGACGUCACGUCGUCGGAGACCAAGCUGAAGUUCAUGACGGACGGGAUGUUGUUGCGGGAGGCGAUAGGCGAUCCGUUAUUACUGCGCUACACUGUGGUGAUCCUGGACGAGGCUCACGAGCGCACCGUUCACACAGACGUGCUGUUCGGCGUGGUGAAGGCCGCUCAACGCAAGCGCAUUGAACAGAACAAAAUACCUCUGAAGGUUGUUGUGAUGUCUGCCACCAUGGACGUGGAUCUGUUCUCUCAGUACUUCAACAAAUCACCGGUUCUGUAUCUGGAGGGCCGACAGCAUCCCAUUCAGAUCUACUACACCAAACAGCCUCAGUCCGACUAUCUGCAGGCAGCGCUCGUCUCCAUAUUUCAGAUUCACCAGGAAGCUCCAGCGUCGCAUGACAUCCUGGUGUUCAUGACGGGUCAGGAGGAGAUCGAAGCGCUGGCCCGCACCUGUCGGGACAUUUCCAAACACCUGCCGGAGAGCUGCGGGCCGAUGACGGUGGUGCCGCUCUACGCCUCGCUGCCGCCGGCUCAGCAGCUGCGGGUGUUUCAGCCCGCGCCCAAGGGGUCCAGGAAGGUGGUUCUCUCCACAAACAUCGCAGAAACCUCCAUCACCAUCUCCGGCAUCAAAUACGUGAUCGACACGGGGAUGGUGAAAGCCAAACGCUACAAUCCAGACAGCGGUCUGGAGGUGUUAGCGGUCCAGCGCGUGUCUAAAGCUCAGGCCUGGCAGCGCUCCGGUCGAGCCGGGAGAGAAGACGCCGGCUCAUGUUACCGUCUCUACACUGAAGAGGAGUUUGACAACCUCGCCAACAUGACCGUACCCGAGAUACAGAGGUGUAAUCUGGCCAGUGUUAUCCUGCAGCUGCUCGCUCUGGGCGUCCCUGAUGUCCUCAACUUUGACUUCAUGUCCAAACCGUCACCUGAGUCGCUGCGGACCGCCGUGGAGCAGCUGUGUAUCCUCGGCGCCGUCGACAGAAAAGACGAUCACGUGUCUUUAACGCCGCUGGGCAAGAAAAUGGCCUGCUUCCCUCUAGAGCCUCGCUUCUCCAAAGUAAUUGUGAUCUCUCCUGAUUUCUCCUGCGCUGAGGAGGUUCUGACCAUCAUCUCGCUCCUCUCCGUCGACUCGGUCUCCGCGCGCAGAGACGACGUCCUCGCCGUCCGCAGGAAGUUCAUCUCCAGCGAGGGCGACCACAUGACGCUCCUCAACAUCUACAGGGCCUUUAAGAAAGUCAGCGGAAACAAGGACUGGUGUCGAGAGAACUUUGUGAACAGCAGGAACAUGGGGCUGGUGUUGGAGGUUCGAGCUCAGCUCAGGGAUAUCUGCAUCAAGAUGAACAUGAAGCUGGAGUCGUCUCUGUCGGACCUGAUGAACGUGCGGCGCUGUCUGGCUCACGGUUUGUUCAUGAACGCGGCGGAGCUGCAGCCGGACGGCUCUUACGUGGCUCUGGACACACACCAGCCCGUGGCCAUCCAUCCCUCAUCCGUCCUGUUCCAGGCCAAACCCGCCUGCGUGGUUUUCAACGAGCUCCUGCACACGUCUCGCUGUUACAUGAGGGAUCUGUGUUUGGUGGACGCCGAGUGGCUGCAGGAAGCUGCGCCGGAGUAUUUCCGCCGGAAGCUGCGCGCGACAAAGAGUUAACGCUUUCCAAAUGCCGCGGGUUUGAUGUUUCUGAAGACUGCAUGAUGGAACGAAAAAAGCAAAGCGCUCCAACAGUUCAUCUACUGAUGCAUAUUGUGAAAAAACGGAACGUUUUUUCACAAUAUGCAUCAGUAGAUGAACUGUUGGAGCGCUUUGCUUUUUUGGAUUUGAUAUGCAACACAUUAGGCAGUUUUUGCCAAAGAGUUUUGCUUUGUUAACUUUUCUAGAAGUGAAUGAGUCCUUUCUACUUGUUAUAAAUCUUAAGAUGGCACGCCUGUUUCUAGCUCUUUUACAAACUGCUGAAGUCUGAUUGAAUGAAAUUCAGGUUCACUUCC